AUGAACCUCCUCACCUCAGCUACCAUGCUUUCAGUGCCAAUAGCUGAGGAUUUGACAGCCGUGCAACUCUUGCUGCAGGAGCAGCUCAAACAUGCCAAAGAAGCCUACAAAGCAGACGGAGGACACGCACCGAAAAACUGGAGCAGAGAUCAAGAUCAAAUGUGGCUCUCCACUUGGGACCAGCUGCAGAAAGGGAGAUGCAGGAAGUUGGAUCCUCAGCAUGUCAGUCCUUUUGAGGUGGUAGAACAGAUCAAUCCAGUAACAUUCUGCCUCCACCUGCCUCCUUCCAUGAAGAUUCACCUGGUGUUCCAUAGAUCCCUGUUAUCCUUGCCAGCACAGCCCUAUCAACCUGAGAGGCACCACCCGCCACCCAUCAUUGUGGAUGGAGAGAAGGAGUAUGAAGUGGAGCAAUCCUGGACACCUAGCAAAGGAGGGGAAGGCUGCAAUAUCUUGUUGCCUGGAAAAGCUAUGCACUGGACAAGAGAUCCUGGAAGCGUGUGGAAGACAUCCAUGCUCCACUGCUUCAGAAGGAAUUCAUGCGCACUACCUGAACAAGCCACAAUCACUGGUGGGAGGGAGGAGGUGGACCCUGGAGGGGGGUGA